AUGUCGAUCAAGAUUCAUAACAAUAUGCAACAGUGUUUGGAGAGAACUUGUCCCUUCUUCCCUCCUGGCACAUCAAGAAUGGGAGAUCAGGCAGAUCAACUGCCCGAGUCACUGAAGGAAUGCGAGGCUCCCACAGCCGCAUCAUCAAGAUCACUGGCCGAACCCAUAUCACCGGUGCAGAAUGGCCAUUGCGCUCCACUCGACCCCACUGUCGAAGCCAAUGGCUUAAUGUCCAGUGUCAAGAACCCGGGGUUCAGAAAUAUUCCAGAGGAGCAGUUGGAAGCGCCUGCUAAGUUGGAAAGACAGAUAUUGAACGGGGAAGCAGAUCUUGUAGAGUUGGAUAACAAAAGUCCGGAAUUAAGGCGCAAGGGAGAGGAAGCAGCCAGGAAGACCAGCGGCAGAGACGCUGCUACAAAUCUUGGGAAGCGGAAGCGUGACAUAGAGCAAGGUACAGACUGUUUGGAAGGGGAUGGAAAAAACAUUGGGAUCCGGCAAGGAAACCUACAGCAAGUUCCUCCGACUGAUAUACAGAGGAAGGACCAGCCAGAAGAUCUCACACCCUACCUCAAGAAAAUCGCUCUUUGCCACAAGACGUCUUUCCAAAAGAAGGUCCUCACAGUACUAUGCCAGGUUCCGCGAGGCCGUUACACUACGUACGCCGCGAUAUCAAAACACCUAUCCUCCUCUCCGAGAGCGGUAGGGAACGCACUGAAAAACAACCCUUUUGCACCGCAUGUUCCGUGUCAUCGUGUAUUAGCCAGUGGUGGCGGGAUUGGUGGAUUUAAGGGGAGCUGGGGCCGCAAUGGGGAGGAGGGUUUGAAUGAUCAUAAGAAGAGAAAAUUACUGAGAGAUGAGGGCGUGAUGUUUGAUGCAAAAGGAAUGGUGGUUGGGAGAGUUUGGGAAGAGUUUAGAUAGGAUGGACAGCGCGGAUAAUGUACCUUACCGUAGAGCGGCCGCAUUCCCCGAAUACGGAAGUCUGUCUCGACG